AUGAAUAUUUUGCACUUUAAUAUCUAUGGUUGUAGUUCUCUAGCCAAGAAGAGGAACUUGAAGAAUUCCAUCAUUGAGGGGAUUUUUGAGAUAAUAAUGAUUCAAGUAAGAUUCAACUCUGAGAGAACUAUGAUGUUUUUCAAUUUGGGUAGUCACAAGGUUGAAUGGACCUCUAAACCUUCUCAAGGAAAUUCUAGAGUGCUUCUAAUAAUGUGGAAGGCUGGUUUUUUUAAUCUCAUGUUUAGCUUCAAAGGGGAGGGUUACGUUGGAAUCAAUGUGAUUUGGAAGGGCAUAUCAAUUUAUCUAGUUAAUGUUUACUCUUUUGGCUCCAUCAACAAGAAUAAAGAAUUUUGA